AUGCCGUUGGUGAGAGUGGAGGUGAGAAAUGAGUACGGACUUGGAACACCGGAGCUGUAUAGAGAAGCGAACAAGGAGGAUCCGAAAGAGGUUCUCGAAGGCGUUGCUGUUGCUGGCCUAGUCGGAGUCUUACGUCAGCUCGGCGACCUUGCUGAAUUUGCAGCAGAGAUUUUCCAUGGCUUACAGGAAGAAGUGAUGAUAACCUGUUCUAGAAGCCACAACUUGAUGGCUCGAGUACAACAGAUUGAAGCUGCCGUUUCUCCUCUCGAGAAGGCUGUAUUGGCCCAGAGGAACCAUUUAUACUUUGCUUAUUCAGCUGGUUCCAAUUGGCAUGCUCGUCUGCAGUGUGGGCAACAUCAAUUUGCAAGCGGUGAAAUGCCUCAAUUUAUUAUGGAUUCUUACGAAGAUUGUCGCAGCCCUCCACAUUUGCAUUUGCUCGAUAAGUUUGACCCUGGAGGCCCAGGAUCUUGCUUCAAAAGGUAUUCGGAUCCAACUUUAUUUAAGCGAGCAUCAGCAGGAUCUAAAGAAGCAUAUUCCAAGAAAAUAGCGAAUGAUAAGAUUGUUCGCAGUAUUAAGAAAGGAAGAUCAUGGCAAAGGAAUGGAGACGUAUCCCGAGGUUCAUCAUUUUCUAAUCUCGGUGGCAGAAUGCCGGUCACUCGACUGACUGUUAAUGAGAAAACUUCCCCUUCUCAGAGAAUGUCUACAUGUGAUGCUACAUUAAGAUCAGAUUUUGGGAAACAAUCAAAUUUAGAUUCGAGAAAACAAAGUUACUCAAUGCAACCUGAAAAACAAGAACUUAAAGAAUCCUUUUUUUCUCCAUCAAAGAGGUAUUAUAGUAAUUCCCUUCAUUACAAAUUUCUCGAGGAAAAAGAGGCAGAUCUAUGUGAUGAUAUUCAGAACAAUUUAUCAAAAGAGCAAAUUGGCUAUAGUUCAUCUUCAAUUACUUGGCAUGGAAAGGCAGAAAGCCCGCAGUUUAUGCCAAGGCAGUAUAAUCAUAAUUGUAUGCCACAAGAAUGUGAUCUCAAUGGAAAUUUAGAGCCAUGUUCCCUAAAUUUCGACCAGGAAACUUGGAGAAGUCAAGCUGUUAAUCUUGAAACUGCUGAUCAAAUGGAUGUUCAGCCUUGUAGUGAAACCUUGCCAAUGCCAAAAUCAGAUGACAUCCAGCUUGAUGACAUGGAAAGUGAUACAGAUCAAUUUAUGGAUGCACUUAACACGGUUGUUUCAGAUACUGAAACUGAUAUAGAUUGCACAAUAAAGAACGAAGAACAUUACUUGAAAUCAGAGGACAAGGCAGUAGAUGAAACACAUCAUUCUGAAUGUCAUUCUUCAAAUUUUGAAUCAGACAUUUUUGUCAACAGUUCUCAGGUCAAUAGUAGUGAUGGACAUAACCUCAUUUCAGCGUCUCUACUAUCCCCGUCAGCAACUUACUCUUCUAUUGCUGAAGUAACAUCUAAGGAAAAUUUGAACUCAGAUUCCUCAGAGAACAAUGCCCAUUUACUGUCAACAACUCAAAGGGCUAGUGAGUUAUUGAACCGAAUCGUUGAUUCUCAUGAAUACAGCAACAUUGAUGAUGAUGUCGAUGUAAAAUCUGUUUUCAGGAAAGUAUUGCCAUCCAAUUUAAGAGAGGAUAAGUCAGUGAUGCCAGUCACAGAUAGGACAACAAGCAAUCCUGAGUGUCAAGCACCUGAACAAGAACCUUCUAACAAUACGCAAGUGAAGUUAUGGACAAAUGGUGGAUUGCUAGGGCUAGAACCCUCAAAACCUCCAGACUUCAGUGUAUUAAAUGCCCUCCAUCAAGAUCCUGUGGCCAGUAAAGACGGAAGUAUUAGUACUUUCAUUGCUAAAGCUGCAAAGAAAUCUGAUGAAAUGGAGAACUCCAGAAAUAUGGGAAAUGGUUUCAAUAUGGAUUGCUCUACGUCAUGUCAGAAUUACCAAGAACGGGGCACCUCAUUUAGGAAGAUAUCUUGGAAAAUUUCAACUUCCAAUUUAGAUGACAAGCUCGAAAAGUCCAGUAAUUCACUUCAUCGAAAUUAUGUUAAUAGUUCCGCAGACAAUGGAUCUACUGAUGCUGGUGUAGUGCCAUCUAGAAGUUCUCAGCCUGAUAGCUCAGAUAUCCAAUUUACCAGAGAGCAUCAGGAGAAUUUCAGAAGUUCUAGGGUGUUUGAACUGGGCAAUCUAUUGUUUGCAAAUGAAUCUUAUAGAAAACUAUUGGAUGGCAGAGAUGACGACUCUGGUUCUUCCCGUUACCUAAAUACAGGUGUAAUCGAGCAAAACAACUGUCAAAAUAUUGCAGAUCAUUCGAUCUCUGGAAGAUAUAAAGAUUUGUUUGAAGGUGGCUCUGGAUUUAUGUCCUCUUCUUCCUCACCGCCGCUUGAACACAUGAAAGUAUCAUUCCGACCUAUAGAUGGCUUUGAGACUACCAAGAUGAAGUUAAAAUUCCCUGAUGGCAAUAAUAGUCUUGGAAGCGAUGGAAAUAUUUUUCCUUCGUUUCAGUUGGUCCCAGAGGUGUCCACUACACAGUAUAUCGUUGGUUCAGACUCAGAUGACUCAUUUUAUAGAUCAUCACCUUCUGUAUCAGAUGAUAGUCUUAGCCAUCGGUCUGAUUCGAAUUCUGAGCAAUGUGAGUCCAGAAAAUCUCCCAGUAACAAGGAGCAUGAUAUAUAUGACGUGUUACGCAGAAUCUCAUUGAUGGAGUCUACUUCAACAAAGAGGGAAAAUGGGAGUUCGAGACACGGAGAGAUCUAUGAAAAUCGUCAACUUCCAUUUGUUAAAAACGGUGUGGACAGACGUUCUCAAUCUUGUCGUUUGUUUGAUAUUCCAGAGUUAAAUGUCCGAAAUCACCCGUUCGGGGAAGAACUGCGAAACGAUUCGCAAACAAUGGAUUCUGUGGAGACACAAUUUUCACCUACCCCUCCACCUCUCCCUCCUGCACAAUGGCGGACUAUGAAGCCACAUCUGGAUGAUAUAGAAAAUGGACAUGCUGUGAUAUCUGAAAGCCUUAACUAUGCAUCUGGUCUUACACAUUCAGAAUCUACAAUAUCUCAGCAACUUAUUCCAUCCCCUCUUAAGCAAGAUUGUACUAUUGGCACAAUUAUGCUAGAAAAUAGCAAGUCAGACACGGAAAAGACAAAUGUAAGAAGAGAACCUAAUCGGGCUGCAUGUCGCAAGAAUAUAGAUUUAAGGGAGGAUUUUCUUAAUCAGAUUAGAACAAAAUCAUACAGCCUGAGACCAACUGUGAAAGCAAAAUCAACUGUGUUGCCAGGGGGCCCUGCCAAUGGAAAAGUCACGGCCAUUUUGAAGAUGGCGAAUACAAUUCGACAGGCUGUCGGAAGUGAUGAUGGGGGAGGAGAUGAUAACUGGAGUGACACUUAG